CCGGGCUUCUCGCCGCCUGGAGACGGAGGCGCGGGCCGGGGAGGAGGACGGCGGCGGGGAGGAGGAGGACGGCGGCGGCGGCUGGGCGCUCGGCUUAAAAGAUCUAACUGCUCGUUGCCUCUUUCGAGGCUCCCUGGGUCUUAUCACCUUGUCCCUCUUGUCUGCCUGCACCAUGGAAGGAGGUUCUUCUGUGCAAGCAAAUUAUGUUUUCCGGGGGAUCGAGUACGUUGUCACCAUGAUGGUGACUGGAGAUGUGUUGGAGGUGGAAGUCGAGGACCGGCUGACUUCUGAGCAGUGGCGAGGAGAAUUUGAGGCUGUUUAUAUUGAGGAUGUCACUCACAAAACUGGAAACUUCAAACAGUUCUCAAUCUUCUGCAAUAUGUUGGAAUCAGCCAUCACAAAGAGCAGCGAAUCGGUGACCCUCGACCUGCUGACCUAUUCUGACCUGGAGUUGUUGAGGAACCGGAAAACUGGAGUGGCGAUGAGGCACGCGCCACCGCCGAAAUCUGGAGCACUCAAUGCCAAACGCUACCUCAUCCUCAUUUACUCGGUGGAGUUUGACAGAAUACACUAUCCACUGCCACUACCCUACGCAGGAAAGCCAGAUCCAGUCGCUCUCCAGAAAGUAAUCCGAGGACUGAAAGAGGAACUCGCCACUGUGAGAUCGAAGCAGGGCAAGGAUUACCGCGACACGGAGCUCAGGCGGCUGAGAACAGAGUUUGAGAAGUUGCUGCAGGAGAAACAGGAGCUGGAAGUCAUGAUCCUGCAGCUCCAGGAGCAGAUGAAGCUCUCCAGCACGGCGUCCGUAUCCAAAGAGGUGAAAAUCUUGAAAAAGAUCAUUCAAAGUUUGGAGGAGGAGAUGAUGAAGGAGAAAACGAAAAAUCAGAGAGCAGCAAAUAAACGGAACCAAGAAUACCGACAGGUCUUGGAUGAGCUGGAAGAGGUAAAGGCUUCAGAGCGGAAACUCAAGGUGCGAAUGAAGAGCCUGAGCACUGAGCUGAGCUUGUAUAAAACGGGUCGCCUCACUCCAGCGGGACCCUCUCCACAAAACCGAUCGAAUUUAAAUCUCAGCUCCGGCCGGCGUUCUCAGCCCAGGACAGACUCGGCCAGCAGAGUUCGAGAGGACGGUCACUCGGCCUCACGGGAAAGGAGCAAGCAGUGGUCAGGAUCCCGAGAGAGGGAGCGAUCCACGUCCAGAGAGAGAAGUAGCAGGUGGUCAACGUUCCGUGAGAGGGAAAGGUCUUCCUCCAGGGAGAGCCAGCACGGGAAUCGCUGCCGUGUCCCCGGACUGUCUCCGUCUCCAACAGGAACCCGAAAACCCCGCUUUAAUCCCACUGCAUACGUGCAUGACAAGGAGCGGAAGCAGAAGGAGACAGAGCAGAGAAACCUGAGGAAGGUAUACAGGAGCAUGAACUCCCUGACCAACGAGGAACGAGGAAGGUCAAAAUCCAGAAACUGCUCCCGCGAAGGCAGCGCUGGGAAGAUACAAGCAGGCAGCCGAAGUCGUGGUCGGAGCUCGUCAGCGGAAUUUCACCGGAGCAGAUUCUCCUCAGCGAGCUCGGCCAGUGAUUUUGAAGACAGCAGAGGACAUGCCAAGUCCAGAUUGCAGAGGGACAGAAAACCUAAGCGGCCAUUGGGAUUGGCUUCCUGGAGCAGUCCGAACUUGCCUCAGAGAAAGCCAAAACAGAAGAAAUGUUUAGCCAGCACCCCGACUAAACAAAGCAAAGCAUCUGACAAAGAAAAUUAUUUGGACUCAUGCGACCUUUCCGAAAUCGAUGCCAGGCUCAACGCGUUGCAGCAGUACAUGGAGAAGCUUGGCGCAAGGACCGAAUGAGCUAAGCAGCAGAUCCUUCAGUCGGGCACCGCACAACAAGUCAAGGGGAGGGGAGGGAGCUAGGACCGUGUGGGUGCAGACACACGACCUGCCCACACUGAUCACCAGGUCAAAAUCAGCAAAGCCAACGCGGACUAAACGAGGCUUCCUUUUCUCAAACUAGAUGGAAGAACUGUGCCUCUUUAUUUGUUUACUGUAAAUAGGAUUUUUUUAAAAAUGGGAUAAGUUUCUGGACAUUGGUGAACAUUUUGAGUCCUGUGUCACCUUCAUGUGGCCGCUACACUAUUUGACAACAUAAGGUUGUAUGCAGUUACUGGCCGUGAUUCUGCCUGAACAACAGCAAAGUGGUCAACACAAGCUAUCGUAUGCCAGGCGCAGGAGUGGGUAAAGUGUGACCGAUAUCUAGAUAUUUGACUAUCCUGGUAGCUUCUUACUUGGGAGAACGGAACCAGUAGCUGGUGAAAACAGCCUCCUAGUGCUUUUCACGUGAAUACAGGCCGUGUUUCUUCCCCCAUGUGCUAUGUUCUAUACAACAUUCCGAGAGCUGAGUGUGAAAUUAUUCCCUGGUUCUGAGUCCCACGCCACAUGAGCACAGUCAUCCGAGCCUUUCAGGGAAGGGGGCACAUGUGACGGUGCGUUCAAUGGUUGCAGAGGAAAAGGAAGUCGGUCAUUCAGCCCCUUGCUCCUGUCCCACCAUUCAUUGAGAUCUUGGCUGAUCUCUAACCAAACUCCAUAUUCCUGCCUUUGCCCCAUAUUCAUUAAUACCUUUGGUUAACAAAACUAAUUAAGUCUCUGAUUUAAGAUUAACAAUUGACCUAGCUAGCUUCAGUUGCUUUUUGUGGAACAGAAUUCUAAGCUUCUGCCAACCAUUACCACUCCCUUUGCCUUUUGUUCCAUGACAUCUUUGUUAUUUAAUCUCACCUGUCCUCUACCCUAUCCCAGACCUUCCCUUUUAUUCCACCUCCUCAAUUCUCCCUUUCCAUAGCAUAAAACCCAUCACAUUUCUGCCUCCCUUUAGCUCCGAAGAUGUUGUUUGACUCAAAUCGAUAACUAUUUUUCACUCUCCACAAAUGCUGCUUGACCUGCUAAAUUAUUCCAGCACUUCCUGUUUUUAUUCCUGCCACCUUUGCCUGCGGUAAUAUUUUCUAACCCCACUCCUGUGAGGUCUGGAGCCCGUACCAUAUUGUAAAAUAGAAGGCACGAUGGUAGUAGAAUUUUUAAUACGCUUUGCGUUCUCAAUGAAUUUGCUUCGCAAGGCUAUUAUGGAUGAACGCCAUUGGGCCAGAAUGAUUCCAGUGACCUUAUUUUAGCAUCCAAUUAUUUUUGCAAUGUUUCCAGAGUUUUCCGCCUUUUUUCACACGAUACCUGGAAGUUCAUUCCGUGUGUGUCAUUCUGAAGAAUUCCCUAAUAUCACUCCAAAAUUUACCUUUUACCAAUUUCCACCAGUGACUCUUGUUAUACAGCUGUAGUAAUUUGAGUACUAUUUGGCAUUGACCUUUUACUAUUCCCUUUAUCUUUCUUUUGUGUCCCUGUAAGAUUACUACUCAAAACCUUCCAGUCAACCCCGACCUUUGACUCUAAGGAUCAACUGGCUACACGUCUGUUCUGUGCUGCCUACAGCGCUUAAAUACGAGAACGCAGUUGGAGUAGACCAUAUGGCGCAUUCGAGCCUGCUGUGCUGUUCAGUACGAUCCUGGCUGAUUUUGAAGCUUCGACUCCAUUUCCCUGCUCCCCAUAUUCCUUAAUUCCCUGCGAGGCCAAACAUCUGUCUAUCCCAGCCUUAAAUGUAUUCAACGACAGAGCAUCCACCACCCUCCGGGAUAGAGAAUUCCAAAGGCACAGCCUUUUGAGUCUGCCUUAUGUACUGGUGACCAGAGCUGGUGUAUUCCAGGCACAGUCUGACCGGUUACUGCACAUUUUGACCUCACUGAUUCAUGUCACAUUUUGAACAUGUGGCUUUUAUUUGUAUUUUUAAAAAUUAUCUUUGAGGUAAAUGUAAUGAGCUGUUUGAUAUAGGCUGGAUGUAAUUCAGGAGCCAGACGUACUAGUGGGCAGAUUGUGUUGUCCUGUGAAAAUCUCAUUCUAAAAGUUUUUUGGGGGGGGAAGGGUUGGCAAGAGGCAUGUCAAGGCCAAGCCUGGGUGAGUAAAAUCUGUAAGUGUCACAGCUUCUGGUGUGAGUAGUUGUAUGACUUUGUGUCCGUGCUUGCAAACAACAUUAGCGAUUCUUUAUUCCGAGUGCCAAAACCUCACCCACAACUAGAUCCAGUGCUUCAAACGUUGUACCUGGCUAAUUUAAGGAACUCAGCCACUGAAUUUCCAUUUUACGAUUGCUUUUUAACUUUUAUUUUUACUUUUUGUGUGGGUCACAGGUGAGCUCAGUCCAAGUCAGUUGUCAUUCAUAAGAGUCACUGUCAGCUAAUGCAGAGCUACCAAGAGCAGCACUGGCCUGUUAAAGCUGCAUCAUUGGGUUUGGCCUGUUCUUCAUUGAUCUGAUUUGGACAAUGAGGUGCAGUUUAUCUCGUGUCCGAACGUGCGGACAACUCGGUAACCUCCCAGCUGUAGCCCUCCUAAUCUUGCGAUGAGAUACCAAACUCUAAUCUUGAAUUAGAAACUGAAAAUGCUCAACAACUGUGUCAGCAUCUAAGGUUAACACUACACUUAGGACAUUUUUGACAUAAUUCACUUUUAGAUGAGACUUCAACCAUUCGUGUUCUUUUUGUUAAAAACCUGUCUGGUUUUCACCAGGGUAGCUUCAACCCCUAACAAUGAAUCCUUUGGAGUUAACUAGAGUGAAUGGUGCAAAGCUACCAUAAGGCUAGCAAACUAGUUCAUAAAAGUGAGAGGUGGACUGUGUUUAUUUUAUCUGUAGGUCUGUGACGGUAAACAUUCUAGGUUGGCAAACUGCUUCCACUUUCAGAAUCAACCUUAGAUUCUGCUCUUACCCUCCUCCUGGUUUCAGGAGCAGGAACUGUGCUAUAAGGGUUUGGCAGACAGCUGCAAUUUGCAGUUGUCUUAGAGUCUGUUGGUGUCCCUACUGUAACAGCUGUGGUGAAAACUUAUUAUAUGUCAUCAAUAGAUUUUAUUUGUAUCAAUUUUACAAUCAUUUUGUAAAUAAAUCUUUUAGUACAAUAAAA